UGCCACAAAUAUAGAUUUCAUGUUAACCUUCUUUUGGAGCUAAAUGUGUAAUGUUACAGUAAGAUGUCACCGGAGCUCCCUCCUCAUGUUCCUUUCCUAUAGUUCAUUCAUGACCCCUGAAGUUCUGUUUGCGACGCCUCAGUCUUGACCCGGGCUGCUCCGCACACUUUCUACCAAAUUACAAUCCUGCAAAUGUAAAAUGCCUUCCUUCUAUACAGAAGCUCUCUGUCUCAAUAUUUAGGUAUUAGUUUUCCUCAUCGUACAGCUCACAACCCGCAAUCUUACUUGUCCAACUCGUCCUAACCCCACACCACCUUCUAACCCCACAUACACGAGCCACUAUCAAACCUCAAUAUGGCAUAUGGAGGUGAUGUCAAUCGAGGGCCAUUCUUGACCACCAUCAAUUGGGUAUUCAACGCGAUCGCAUUAGGUAUAGUUUCCACCUCACCGUGGUUUCCAAAUGCAAAACCUAACGUUGUAUUCUCGGGAUAGUUGCUGUGCUUCUUAGACUCGCCUCGCACCAUUGGAGAGAGUCUCAGGGAUGGAAAAAAGAUGAUGCGUUUAUCAUUCUUGCUAUGGUCAGUUGCAAGCCUUGUCGAAUCAAGCAUCACUGCUUGUACUCAUACUAAGUACUUUUUAUACGCAAUAGGCAGCAAACCUUGCCAGAGCAAUCUAUGUCGAUGUUACCAUCUCCCAUGGCCUUGGACGUCAUCUCGAAGUUUUACUCGAAGAGAACCCCUCUGGUGCCGUUGCACUUCUUCGUUUGAUAGUAAUUCUCCAGGCCAUUGGACUAUGGACUUUUACCCUGCCAAAGCUUCCUGUGGUGGCGUUACUUGUCAACAUCUUCGGCCGUAAUUCCAAGAGACUUGCAAUUAUCCUAUACACCGCAGUUGGUGCUUUAAUCGUGCUUGUCUUUAUUAUCACCAUCACAACUUUUGUACAAUGCACACCGGUAUCAGGUAAUUGGACUGGGAAGGGCAAAUGUUGGAACAAAAAUAUCAAUGUAGAUCUUGGUUAUCUUGCUGGAUGUUAGACUCCCUUCUUACCUUCACGUUAUUCCUCGCUGACAUUGACUUUAGCAUACUCGGCGUUUCUGGACUUUGCCUUUGCAUUAUACCCCGUAUUGCAAGUCUCUAAAUUGCAAAUGGAACGAUCGAGAAAGAUUCUCUUAGCGGGGUCAUUGAGUCUUGGAUUUCUGUACGUGUAAAAGAUUUUAGGGCGACCUUUCAGAUAUACUAAUCAUCCCUAUUUCUGUGUAGUGCCGGCAUCAUAACAGCGUACAAGCUCUCUACGAUUUCUUCAAUAACGAAUGUAGCAGAUCCGACUUGUAAGUUGAUCGGGCUCAAAGCAAGUACUUCCCAUACUAAUAGUAAAUUUCAGGGGCUACUAUACCAUUGGAAGUCUGGAACAGGUAAGUUCUAAAUUCGAACUUUGAACAUUGCAAUAGUAAUAACUCGUAAAAUUUAGUGUCGAAGGAACAGCUCUCAUUUUGGCUGCCUCUAUUCCCCUCACCCGACCACUUAUACUGUCUUUCUUUCAAGGCAUUCAAGCUCUCACUUCCCGAAUGGGUAGCAGUAGCGGUAGCCGCACUGCUAGAUCCAGCAAGAAUUCCCAUGGAAGGUCGAUCAACAGAUCUAGCAACCACAAACGUCUCCCCAGCAAUGGAGUAUCAAAUAGCACAGAUGAUAUCUUGCUUCACGAGGGUUCAGGCUUUGAGAACUGUAGUAAUAUUGAAGCUGGCAAACAUCGUCAAAGUGGUCCGGGGAUAUACAAGACGGUUGAUAUCUUAGUUAAGACUAAAACAUUGUCAACCUGAAUAUUUGACAAUAUGAAGAUCAAUAGUGUGAUAAAACGUUUUGAGUAGUUUGUACUCGAAAUUCUGAGUCUUUUAAUUCUUCGGUGGACGAAUGAUAUACAUGUACAUACUAUUCAUGCUCCCUUCAGUUGAAUAUACUUACAAUAAAAUUCUUAUACUCAUAGAUAUAUGCAAUGAUGACCUGAAAUUUCUCGGACAAAAGGAUUGAAAGCUUGCAUGUGAAAGUAUUACAUUGAAAUAAUUGAGACUAAAAGGCUACGCACUAAAGAUU